AUGGCCUCCCGCAGCUUCUCCAAGGCGCUUCGCUCGCCAAUGGCUCGCCAGUUGGCGGCCAAGCCUGCUACCCAGCAGCGCACCUUCGUUGCUGCCCGCAACCUCGUCCGCGCCUCUGCCCAGGUCAACAAGGCCUUUGCCGCCCCUGCCCAACAGCAGGCUCGCGGUGUCAAGACGAUUGACUUCGCCGGCCACAAGGAGGACGUCUACGAGCGUGCCGACUGGCCCCAGGAGAAGCUCUUGGAGUACUUCAAGAACGACACCCUCGCCCUCAUCGGCUACGGUUCCCAGGGUCACGGCCAGGGUCUGAACCUCCGUGACAACGGCCUCAACGUCAUCGUUGGUGUCCGCAAGAACGGUCAGUCCUGGAAGGACGCCCAGCAGGAUGGCUGGGUUGAGGGCAAGAACCUCUUCGACGUCGACGAGGCCAUCUCCCGUGGUACCAUCGUCAUGAACCUCCUCUCCGACGCCGCUCAGAGCGAGACCUGGCCCGCCAUCAAGCCCCAGCUGGUCAAGGGCAAGACCCUCUACUUCUCCCACGGCUUCUCCCCCGUCUUCAAGGACGUCACCCACGUCGACGUCCCCAAGGACAUUGACGUCAUCCUUGUCGCUCCCAAGGGCUCUGGCCGCACCGUCCGCUCCCUCUUCCGUGAGGGCCGUGGCAUCAACUCCUCCUUCGCCGUCUUCCAGGACGUCACCGGAAAGGCCAAGGAGAAGGCCCAGGCCCUCGGUGUCGCCAUCGGCUCUGGCUACCUCUACGAGACCACCUUCGAGAAGGAGGUCUACUCCGACCUCUACGGCGAGCGUGGCUGCCUCAUGGGCGGUAUCCACGGCAUGUUCCUCGCUCAGUACGAGGUCCUCCGCGAGCGCGGCCACUCCCCCAGCGAGGCCUUCAACGAGACCGUCGAGGAGGCCACCCAGUCUCUGUACCCCCUGAUCGGUGCCAACGGCAUGGACUGGAUGUACGAGGCCUGCUCCACCACCGCCCGCCGCGGUGCCAUCGACUGGACCCCCAAGUUCAAGGACGCCCUGAAGCCCGUCUUCAACAGCCUCUACGACGCCGUCAAGGACGGCUCCGAGACCAAGCGCUCCCUCGAGUACAAUGGCCAGAAGGACUACCGCCAGAAGUUCGAGGCCGAGAUGGAGGAGAUCCGCAACCUGGAGAUCUGGAGAGCCGGCAGAGCCGUCCGCUCUCUGCGUCCCGAGAACCAGAAGUAA